GGGGGGACUCGAAAAAUCCCUUGGUUGGUAGUGAAAGUGCUUGAGUCGUGGAAAUCUUUUCCCUAGAUCAAUGGUGAAAAGGGCGAAAGGAAACAAAAUCCCGACACCAUGUGUCUCGCCAUUAAUGCCGCAUUAUAUCGGUUUCUAGGGUUUUGGUAGGGUUUUUCUUUUAGGGCUUUGAUGGCGGAGGAGGAGCUCUCGCGCCUGGCGCUGGACGAGGAAUCCGACAGCGAUGAGGAGGGGGAGGUGGAAUUAGGUUUCGUCCAAGCGCCAGAGGCGCCAUGGAUGCUUCGGCGCCAGCAUUUUCCCUGUAAAGCUGGCGGAGCGGCGGCUUGGCUCGAUGCUGACAGCGUCCCGAGGACUCCAGAUUCGUGCUGUGAUUUUUGCGAGGAGCCUCUCCGUUUUUUGCUUCAGAUUUAUGCUUCGCUGGAGGAGAGGAGCGAUACGUUUCAUCGAACGCUCUUUAUGUUCAUGUGCUCGAAGAUGGAGUGCUUGAGAAGAGAUCAAGCCGAGCAGAAGAAGCCCGCGCAGUCGUCUUCGAGAAGUGUGAAGGUCUUUCGAUCGCAGCUUCCGCUUAAGAACAUUUUCUACUCCGAUACGCCGUCCAGAGGGAAGAAUGAUCGUCCUUUGACGACUGGAGUGGAUCUCUGUACGUGGUGUCGUACAUGGAGAGGCGAAAAAGUCUGUGGAGGGUGUAAGACAACAAGAUACUGCUCUCGCCAACAUCAGGUAGAGCACUGGCGCGCUGGUCAUUCCUCUUCAUGCAAAACUCAGGCACCUGUGCCAACGAAUAACUCGAGCAAUAACUUAUGGCCCGAAAUGGAGAUAGUACUGGGUGAAGAAGAACGAGAUGAAGAAACUGGAAACACUCUUCCAAUCGUACCCGCUAACCAGUCUCUUGCCUUGAACGCAGAGCUUCAAGGCUUUGAAGAGGCAUCUGGAGAGAAACAGUGCUGGGCAAACUUUCAAGCACGUAUACAAAGAGCCCCAAGUCAAGUGCUCAGAUACUGUCGGAACAAAAAUGCCAAAGUGUUGUGGAUGAGACCGGACGAUCAGCCUACGGCCGUGGAUAUCUCACCUUGUCAACUUUGUGGAGGACCUCGCAUCUUUGAGUUCCAGGUUCUGCCGCAGCUUCUCUAUUACUUUGGAGUAGAUAACGAGCCGGAUUCCCUUGACUGGGCCACGGUUGCGGUUUACUCGUGUUCUAACUCUUGCGAAGUGGAAGGCUACGCCCGAGAGUUCAUUUGGGUUCAGCUUCCGAUCUGAAGAAGCAAGUGACUUUAACUUCGAAAGGAGAAACUUGCCAGAUAUGAUCUUACGUUGAAUUUUAUCUCCCUUAACUCUUUCGCAGGGAAAA